CCGGAGUUUGUAGCGCCGGAGUAAGAGCCGGAUCAGCUGAACCUCAGAAGAAAUGAAAAUAUUAUAGGAUUUCUACUGAAAUCUAUGAAAGAGGUGAAGCACAAGCCAUCCUGAAGAAUCUCCAGAACACACAGAAAUUGUUUGAUACAUUUAACAGACAGAGGAAACAGAGAAAAGUCCCGACAUGGAGGAACAUCAGCACUCUGUCAAUAGUUUUACUAAACAGAGUGAUCUCAAAAAACACCAGCGCAUUCACACAGGAGAGAAACCGUAUCACUGCUCAGACUGUGGAAAGAGUUUUAAUCAUCAGAGUAAUCUCAAUAAACACCAGCGCAUUCACACAGGAGAGAAACCGUAUCACUGCUCAGACUGUGGGAAGAGUUUUACUCAACAUAAUACUCUCAAAAUGCAUCAGCGCAUUCACACAGGAGAGAAACCGUAUCACUGCUCAGACUGUGGGAAGAGGUUUACUCUCGAGAGUACUCUCAAAAAACACCAGCGCAUUCACACAGGAGAGAAACCGUAUUACUGCUCAGACUGUGGGAAGAGUUUUACUCUACAGAGUACUCUCAAAAAACACCAGCGCAUUCACACAGGAGAGAAACCGUAUUACUGCUCAGACUGUUGGAAGAGUUUUAAUCGACAGUGUACUCUCAAAAAACACCAGCGCAUUCACACAGGAGAGAAACCGUAUUACUGCUCAGACUGUUGGAAGAGUUUUAAUCGACAGAGUACUCUCAAAAUACAUCAGCGCAUUCACACAGGAGAGAAACCGUAUCACUGCUCAGAUUGUGGGAAGAGUUUUACUGAACAGAGUAGUCUCAAAAUCCACCAGCGCAUUCACACAGGAGAGAAACCAUAUUACUGUUCAGACUGUGGGAAGAGUUUUACUCAUCAGAGUAAUCUCAAAAAACACCAGCGCAUUCACACAAGAUAGAAACUGUAUCAGUGCUCAGACUUUGGGAAGUGUUUUACUCAACAGUGUAAUCUCAAACUGCACCAGUGCAUUUACCAAUGCCUUUUUAUUGGUUCAGAAAAAAAUAUUCUUAUCCAGGGAUGAUAUUUAUAGAAUUCCACGUUAUGUUUUCAUGUAUGUUUAAAUACCUACAUUUGUUCAUGCCCUCAGAGAUCUCCACCACUUAGUUAAACAUGUGUUGUAGUAUAAUACGUUUUAAACACAGUGUAGUGGAAUAAACAGAGGUUUUCUGCAUCGCUUGGACACACACACACACACACUACCCCCACUUUAUGGUCUAUAAGGAACUUCAACCCCCAGAACACUCUAAAAGCCUUGGAGUAAUCUUUUUCAAACAGCCUUAAAUUUCAAAAUGACAUUUCCUGACUAUUUCUUCACUCAGCCUCGCUCAAGAGCCCUGAAUGCAAGUUUAGGGUAAACAUUUUUAAAUUCUUUUGACAUUCCUACAGACGCUGUCAGUCGUAAACCUGGAUUUAGGACCGUUAAUGUUUAAACAUCUGGAACUGUGCACAAUUGUGGUUUUGCCAACAGCACCAUCACCAGGACAAGGACGGGACUGCCGGACUUGAGAGAGUGUUCAAGACUUAAUGAAUGCAUUGGAAAUUGUAAAUUCACCAAAUAUCAUACCAAUUAAGGGGUUUGUGCUUAGUUAUUUCUGCAAUCACUUAGAAAUAAGAUUCAUGAAGUUAGGAGAAAUGUUCUAAGCUUGGAAUUCCAUUUUUAACAUUGCAGACCACAAGUCAGUGGGCUUAUAAGCGACUCUUUUUCACCAACCUCUCCCACGGUCGUAAAUUCCGGCCAGCAGCUUUGUCUAAACAUUCACUGCAGAGGGAAUGUAAUUUUUCACUAAGAAUUACUUAAAAUAUAGAUUGACUAUAUAAAAAAAGGUGUUUUACAGAUAUUUACCAAAUGCCACUUCUGGUAUAUGUGUUUGGAUAUGUCCUGAUUAAAUUUUCCUAUUGAAGUCUGAAUCAGCAAGAUUUAACUAGCAUUUGAUAAUUUAGCUAUAUUUGGUUAUUAGUGGUUUAACCAUGUUGUAUCUUUUAAGUGAUUUAAUUGGGUUUAAAUAAUAACAUGACUCUUGAUCUCUUUUUGACAAGGUACCAUCCAUUGUUGUAUUUCUAAGAUUAUCUUGUAAUUGUAAGAUUGUUGUUUCCUGAAUUUAUCCUCACAAACUGGUAUGCUGAAGACUGUAUUUUGAUCCACUGUUUAAUUGAGUUUUCUUUUGGUUUGGUCUAUUAGUAAAAUAAAAAAAUCUCUCACUAGCUGAA